AUGGUUGUCGUGCAAUUCAAUAGUGGCAAUAUUAUGGUCAAGAAGAGCAAGAUGACCAAUUCGCGAAAGCGUAAGGCUGGUCACUUGAGUUUUCAAGCCAAUGAAAUUGCUUUUAUUGAAGAUGAAAUGGCGGCAUUAGCAGCUGAAUAUGGUCUGGAUGUAGACGUAGAUGUGGCGACUCGUGUGCAACAACGCAAACAAACGAAAAAAACAAGACGACGACAGGUUUUUGACCGUUUGACGAGCAUUCAAACAGUUAGCGAGCACUCUUUGAAUCCAGCUUUGGCUCGUUUUAAGCUACUGGAUUGUAUCACGACCAAUGGAAAUGUAUCGAAGGACGAGAUGGACGCUCAUGAACUCGUGCUAAAGCGUUUGGCUCUUGUAUUACCAGAUACUUGUGCUUUGAGAGCUUGUAAUGUCCCUGGCUGUUCAUGUAGCAAUGGAUCAAAAUCAUUGGGCUUAAAAGAAAGUAUAGAUGACAUUGAAAAGCACAGGACGGACGUGAUUGAAAAUGCUCACUGUCUCAGGUGUCAACACGGUGUUCUACAGCAUUGUAUCGUGCUACGAGAAGAUGUGGAUGAUGCUGCUGCCAUACCUAGUGGAGGUCAAAGACUAUUGCAAAUGCUGUAUCAAAUCAUUCGUCUUGGAAGAAUUGGAGCAAGUGUUUUACAAAGUCUUGUCUGGACCACGUCUGCUGUGAAACGACUGGAAAUAGUGUUGCUGCAUUUUAAACGACAGUUUUCUACUGGAGGUACGCAGAAUGGACAAAAGUCAGUCAAGGAAUUACACCAUGAGAGACAACUUGUAUCAGAUUUACAGACACAGCUACGAAAGGCGCAACAAGCGAUGGAAACAGCAUCGCGGGAUUGCCUGGCGAUCGCAUUAGCAUGCGUGUAUGAUCGAAUGUAUUUCCACAUAUACUAUGCUUCUCUCGUAUUGUAUGGACGUGCAUGUGGUGCAGUUCCUCCACCAGAAGUGUUUUUGAAGGAUCUGGACCAAUUUACUCCAGAUAGUAUGUGUCAAUUAGAGAUAUUUGUGAACCGUGAGCUGUCUGGCUCAGAUGUGCCGGCUCGACUAAUUCAAUCACUAGCCCUUCCAGUUGCGACGUCAACGUCACCUGACGAACUUGAACGUGAGCGUCGUCGCGCAGCACAGCACGAACGAGACAAUCCUCUGCUAGCCAUUUAUCACUCACGUCUGCGUGAAGGCGUGCGGCUCUUUUACAAAGAAGGCGUUGGUAUGAAUGGCGAGAUGGAUGCUGUUGUCGCGGCGCCAAAGGGCAAUGGUUUAGCUGCGAGUAAAAGAAUCAAGAGCAGUAAGAAACCGCAGAAGAAGCAUUAUCGUCGUGAGAGAAAUAACAGUUCUCGUACAGGAGGUGAAGCAGAGGGAACGUCAUCGUCAGCUCUAGUGGAGAUGCCUAGUUACCCGCUGCUGAUGGAGUGGCGCAACAAUUGCCGCGAUUGGUGCUGCCACUUGUAUGCAUACGCUACUCCUACGCAUGAGGCGCUGGAUGUGAUGGCAAAGUACACGCCAAUAGUUGAAGUCGGCGCUGGUACUGGCUACUGGAGCUCACUCCUGCAACGUGCUGCCGUUGACGUCGUUGCUUAUGACAAGGCUCCACCGAGCGCUGAGGGUGUGGAACAAAAUGCCUACCAUGGCCGUGUUCCUCCCUUUUGCUCUGUUGGGCGUGGUGGUCCUGAAGUACUCAGCCAGAAGGAUAUGGCAGGGCGUAAUUUGUUUCUGUGCUACCCGCCACCAGAUGAUGCGAUGGCUGUUCGCAGCGUCCAGUUGUUUCAGGGCGACGUGAUUUUGCAUGUUGGCGAAUGGCAGGGUGAUACAGGUGACAGUCGUUUUGAAAGGGAACUCCAGCGCCGUUUUGUGUUAGUGGAGGAUAUUACGCUGCCCAAUUGGGGCAACUCGGCGUACGGACUGACGGUAUGGCGUCGCAAAUCCAAGGACAUCAAGCCCAUAGCCUGGCACGCAAUGAGCUGUUUCCAUUGUGACAAAACACUUGCAGUUGCCGUCGCUGAGGGGGAGCCACUGCGUCAAUGCGUUGUCUGUAAGACGAAUGUGUAUUGCUCGUCCACUUGUGCGCAGCAAGACGCAAUAGGUCAUGCUGCUGAGCACGCAGCACGGCUAGUGUUUUUGAAAGACCCCACGUCUAGCACGGCGUAUGAUCGCAUGUUCAAAAGCGACGCUUUCUAUCGUGAACUGCGCGAGCCGAACCUUGAUGAUGCUGUUGUGGCUACAAAGAGUAACUGGAAUGCGCUUGUAAAGUCAAAGUCUGCUGCGCAGGAUAACGAGACAGAUCCCAGUGAGGAAAGCUGCGAUGAGGAUGUUGAGGAAAAAGAGAACGACUUGGAUGAUCAAACUCAACCUACAAAGACAACUACAAAAGCUGCGUUUGCUUUCAACUUUGGUUGUUGUGUGGGGAAAACAACUGCUUUUACGUGGAGAUACAAGAUGCUCACGUCGCUGGAGUACAUAAGGACCAUAUCACUUUGUAGUAUUUCUUGGCUUUUGCAGCCAAGUUCUCAGCAACUCACGAGCAAGAACACGUCUGCUUUUCUUCACGAUAGCAUCCUAUGA